AUGGCGAGCCCAGUCUGUUCUGAAACGAGUGGCGCUGCUGACCGCAGCUCUGCCUUGUUCUCAGACGCAUCGUGGUGGGAUGAAUCCGCGCAGUCGUCAAAAGACACGUCUGCAUCUUUCCGCGCGUUUGGCGCCGCCGGGACUUCGACAGACAAUCUCUCACCAGCUUUUAGGACGAGGUCGCGGCGGAGACUGCAGAGCGCCGGAGAUGCUGCCAACGCGGCAGAAUCUAAGGACUCUGCAGAGACGUCGGAUGCUGCCUCUUCGCCACAAACCAACGCGAAACGGAAGGCGUCAGCUGCUACUCCCGGCCGCGCGGCUAACCAGAAACGCAUGACACAUUACUGGACUGCCGCAGCCUCUGAGUGGAGAAGACAGCGGCGCCUCCUUGCCUCGCAUUCGGGGACCUCCUCUGUUGAUUCCCCGUCGCAGAUAUUCGGUACCGCGAUCGCUCAGUUGCCCGGAGACGAGUCUCUGGGAGGAAACGCCGUCGCUCACCUGCUCCCCUGCAAGAUUUCCUUUACAGGAGCAGCCGCAGUCAAGCGCCACUUCAGGCCCCUGAUCGCGUACGCAGUGCCUGAAGAGCAACGAGACGACGGCGCGCACCCGGGGGGCACGAGCAAGAAGCGGGAAAGGGAGGAGCGACCAGCGGUGGCGUCAGCGGAUGCGGAUCGGAAUGGCAUCCACAAUAACGAAAACGUCCUGCCUUCCGGGCUGCAGCCUCUCCAAACGCCUCACUGUGCUGUCCCUUCAUCGACCGCUGUGCCUUCGUCCGGCUUUGGAGGAAAGAGUGAAGACGGCGCCGAAAAGGCGGAUCCCAAGAAGGCCGAGGCGGCCGCUGGCGCGACAGGAGAGAUGAGCGAUAGCGAGCCAGUCGUUCUUGAGGCGCUGCUUCAUGGGCGUCUUCUGCGGGGACUUGCUGUGCCUCUCGCUCGCCCGUCUGGUUCAUCGGGAAAGCAGGGCGACGCGCAGUCCGAAAAAGUCAACGCGUCGCCACAGCGCGACAACACAAUGGGUUGGUAUCUGACAGAGGGCUGCCAGGGCUACGUCGUAUCAGUUACAGACCGCGAAAGAGACGGUGACGAGGGAGAAGAGGUUGACGGCGAAGACUGCGAAGGCAAACAUGAAGGCGCAAGCGGAAAAGAAGAAACGCGGUGGAAAGCCGCAAAGGGAACUCCACCGAGCCCGCCGGUCACAGGACGAAAAGAACUGAUCCCACUAGGAUCCCUCAGUCACCUUUGCUACUGGCAACAGGACGUGCUGCCUACCCCUACAGACGACGUUAUGCAAGCAUUGGCCUUCAUGCGAGCUAUUACGGCAAUGCACGAUUGGCGAGACGAGUUCCCCGCGGAGGAGGAGGAGUUCUGA